CGCCCACCAAGCAUGUGAUACAACAAGGAAGUCAGGACGUAACGUUGUGUUUGACCCAAGUGUAUCUUUUAACUACGUUUAAGCCUCUUUAAUAACUUAUGAUACAGUAACAGUCUGUAGAGGUUUAACCCUUUACCCUCCUGACUGCGUCACCACACACACAUGAACAGGGACUGACUGUGAGCCGUCCUCUGGGUGCUCUCAUGUCCAUGCAUCGUUCUGCUGGCUGGGCAACAUGUUGUUUUCAUCGCUGCUGAUUUCUUCUUUAACCUUUCUGUUUCCUCUUGGACAAACAUCUCCACCUCUCGUUAUCAACACCUGGCCGUUCAAGGAUGCGACAGCUGCAGCGUGGAGUGUCCUGCAGUCCGGAGGCUCCGUGUUGGACGCGGUGGAGAAAGGCUGCGCCCGCUGUGAGAGCGAGCAGUGCGAUGGCAGCGUGGGUUACGGUGGGAGUCCAGACGAGUCCGGAGAGACAACACUGGACGCCAUGAUCAUGAACGGGGACACGAUGGAGGUGGGUUCAGUGGGAGAUCUGAGAAGAAUCAAGAACGCCAUCGGAGUAGCGCGAGCUGUGAUGGAGCACACCGAGCACACGCUGCUGGUCGGAGAGUCAGCGUCUGUGUUUGCUGAAAACAUGGGCUUCACCGCAGAAGACCUGACUACCAACAAAUCCAUGAAUAUUUUCUCACAGUGGCUGAAGGGCAACUGCCAACCUAAUUAUCGAAAGAACAUGUUUCCAGAUCCUUCCACAUCGUGCGGACCCUACAAGCCCAGAGCGAUGCUGCGCCAGAGCAAGAGGCUGCAGCACGCCAAUACGCGCUCCCAUGACACCAUCGGGAUGAUUGCUCUGGACCAAAACGGCCACAUCGCUGUUGGAACAUCAACCAACGGACUGACGCACAAAGUUCCCGGUCGUGUUGGGGACUCUCCCAUCGUCGGAGCCGGGGGCUACGCUGACAGCUCAGUGGGCGGUGCCGCUGCUACAGGAGACGGAGACGUCAUGAUGCGCUUUCUGCCAAGGUAACUCACCCCACUGUCC